AGUUUGGCGGCCAUAUUGGGUUAAUUGGGAUGUUAUUUUAAAAUCAACGGAAAUUUAUGGAGUUUUAUAAAAGAAAUUGAGUAUGGUCAUGAAGAGAGGUUCAGAUAUAGACUCACCGAGGAGAAAUAAACGAACUAGAGAUGGACUGGAGGUACUACAUGCAGUAACUAUCGACAGAUAUACGUCUGAAAAUACUCGUCGUGCUCGAGAGCUUUCACCAGGCUCUCGUACUUUCAACCGUAAAAGCGAGCGUUCCACACAUGUUCAUACAAUAAAAACCGAGUUUGGGGCUGAUUUGUUCAAAAGGAAAAGGACCGAAAGAGACGACGAAGCUUCAAUUCGUGUUACGAACUUUACUCGGGGGGCUGCAGAUCAUGUUUUGCGAGAAAAACUCAAUUACGAAUUUAAGAAAUUUGGUGAGAUUACUGUACGAAUUGUGCGACAUGACGAUGAGCGUUACGCUGUUGUUUCUUUUCGAAAUAGCGAAGAUGCAAUAGAGGCAAAGCGUUCAAUCGAGAACCGUGGUGGAGCAAUUUUUCUGCAAGAUCGUGCUUUGAAUUUGCAGUUUAGUAUUCCUGGUAGUCGGUCUCGGCGUUUCACGCCCGAUUUUCUCCAACAAAAGAGCAGAUUUUCCCGGGCUUCGCCUCCACGCAGUAUAAAACACGAUGUACUAGAUAUUUCAAAUGUCGAAGACGUACGGAGACACCGUAAAGUUGAUCGUUUCUUUAGCGAGCCAAGCUGUGUUUCAGCUGCAUUGGUAGGUGAAGAAGAUAACCCAAAAGCGACCCGAACCUUGUUUGUUGGCAACCUCGAAAGCUCAAUUUCCCGUCAAGAUGUUCGUCGUCAGUUUGAGCAGUUUGGCAUAAUUGAAGAUGUUGAUAUAAAGCGACCUAUUCGUGGUCAAGGAAGUACAUAUGCUUUUGUAAAGUUUAUUGAUCUUGAUGUUGCUACAAGAGCCAAAGUUGCCAUGCAAGGUUCUUUGUUUGGAAGGAAUCGAGUGAAAAUUGGGUAUGGCAAAAGCAUGCCUACAACUCGGUUGUGGAUUGGUGGUCUUGGAUCUUGGACUUUGAUUGAAGAGCUUGAAAGAGAAUUUGAUCGGUUUGGUGCUAUUCGUCGAAUUGAUUACAACAAGGGUCAUGAUCAUGCAUUCAUACUCUACGACAGUUUGGAUGCUGCUUCUGUUGCUGCAAGGGAAAUGCGAGGGUUCAAAAUGAAUGGGCGGCGCUUGAAAAUUGACUUUGCAGAUUUAACACAAGGUUUAGACGAGUAUCCUGAAACACUAGGCCACCUGGCUGAAGACAGAGAAAAUCAAUUCACCAGUUCAAAAAAACAAGAUGAAUUGACAAGUGGUGAAUUAUUUAAAAAUGUUAAAAAAGAGAGAAAAAACAGUGAUGGCAGUGGAAAAUGGAGUGAAUUAGUGAGUGAGCAAAUUGCAAAUGAUGAAAAGCAAAGUGGUGAAAAAAGUGAGAGCCAACAAUGGAUUGAUAAGAAAGAUACCAAGCAGAAAUUGAAUGAAAAAUAUCAUGACCUUCAUAGCCCAUCGACACCAGAUAAUGAAAAAGUACCAACAAAGAAUCAUAGAAAUAAAGAUAGAGCAAAAAGUGGAGAAAAAUACAAGUCUGGCAAUGGAGUUUCUCGUUCAAGUAGCCCACCUGCUAAACGUCCACGCAAAACCUCUGGGCCUCCACCUGCUUUGUCCCCACAAAGGUUUGGGUCGGUAUCACCAAAUAUAAAAAGCUGUUCUGCCUCCCCUGAGAGUGAAAGAAUCCACAAGGGUGACAAGUAUCACAAGGAGAAAAAUCAUGAAAAAGAAAAAAACAAAGAUCAGGAAAGAAAAGGAAUAACCCCAACAAAUAAAAGUGCAUCUGAAUCAAAAGAAAUUGUUUCAGUUGAAGAAGCAGUUUCUGAUGCAUCUGAAAGCCUUCAAGAUGUUGCAAAACGGUUUGCUGUUGCUUGGCGUGGAUCUCUUAUUUUGAAAAAUAGUUCUUUUCCGGUACGUCUUCAUUUGAUUGGUGGAAACCCAGAAAUUGUUGAAGUCUUACUUCGUAGUGUACCUGGAAAUUCUGCACCAAAUACAGUGUUACGUAUUUCACAGCGAUUACGACUUGACCAACCAAAAUUAGAGGAAGUAUCAAAACGAAUGAAUACAGCUGGUGCAAGUGGUUAUUGUAUGUUGCUUGCAUUACCUGGUGUUCAUGGAGGAGAACCACCCUUGGAUAUGGAAACCAACAUGCCAACUCAACAAAGACCCCUUCGAAACCUUGUUACUUACCUGAAACAAAAACAAGCUGCUGGUGUUGUCAACUUGAUCAAUACAAGUAACCUUUCUUCGUCAAAUAUAAAAGAUGAAGGUGGUGUGCUUCAUGCCUUCCCACCUUGUCAAUAUUCCCAUGAUCAACUCCUAAAAAUUGCACCUCAUCUUGGCCAAGAAGCAUUUAAUGAAGACCAUCUGGUUGUUGUUGUUAUUCGUGGACCAGCAUAGUUUAUUUUGUCAUAUCUCACUUGACUUUUAGCCUAAAGUACCACAUUCUGUUAAUGGUUUUAUAAUACCAUAUGUGUUAUCUUCUAUAUUCUACAGCAUUCACCUAUUUGUGAAAGAGUCACAAGUCCAUCAGUGAUGUUCAGUUUUGAACUGCUAAAGCUGACAUUUGGCAUUUAAACUUUAUAAUUAUGUAAUGGAGAACAGUUUUUUGUUUAUUCUAUUUCAAGACAUUGGCCAGGGUGUACCAAAAGGUUAAAAGUUAUGCCAAUUUUAAUGAAAUUCAAUUUAAUUGAAAGCAUUGUGUUUGUAAUGGUGAUGUUUGGAUCAUACUUUGUUGCUGCUUGUAUUUGGCAUCUACCUAUGUGUCCAUUGUAAUGGUUGAAAGGAUCAUUGUCCUAAUGACUGUUUGCUUACUGGAAUGGCUACUUCAUGCUAUUUGAAUGUGGAACUAUUAUAAUUUGUCAUGGCCAUGGUCUUAUAAAUUUAUAAGGAAAAUUGUAAUGGUUAUUUGACACUCUUCGACCAUGAAAUUAGAGCAAUGUUUCCUAUCUUGUUGGCUCAAGCAAAUUUACAUGUAUUCCAUUCAAUGGCAGGUUGUUUGGGAAAGUACUGUAUUUUUUUGGAAAUGAUGAUUUGUUGGCAUAUUUUUAAAACAUAUGCCUUCAUUGAUGUUGGAAAUGGAUACAUACAUGAGCUUACAGCAAUGGGCUUUUUCUGUUGAACGUAUAGUCUUUAUGCUGAAAUUGAUUGAAAUUUUAGAACCAUAUGUACAUAUUUUAAUUAGUACAUAAAAACUAUAUCACAGUUGUUCAUAAUUAUUGAUUUUGUAGUUGACUUGUACUGACUGUAAGAAAAAGCAAAAUAAUAUAAUCUAC